AUGGCUCUCAAAGCGUUCCUCCUCCUCUUCGUCACCAUUCUCCUAGUUACUGCAAUGGUUUCGUCCCAGGACGAUCCUGAAGAAGAACUCAAGGCAAAGAGUAGAGUUAGACCAACGACGCCAAAAGCAAAGACACCACCCAAAGCCAGGUCACCACCAGCACCAAAAGGUGGCAAGGGAGGCAAGACCAAGCCAUUCCCCAAGUCGCCGCCUUCACCGGCACUGGACGAGCCUUAUCCUCCAUUUGACGAGCAUAACGACGAUGAGCUAACUCCACCACUUCCAGUGGGCGGUAUGGUGAACCCGUUAAACAAAUCAGCCUCGUCAAUUGGGAAUUGA